GCACGCAGUAAAACUACACAAGUUUCCUGACAGGACCACCUCAAUCGGCAAGAUGAUAGACUCGUACCUCCAGUCCAAGUCGGAGCUCGACGACCAUGCGAUUCACCUCCUAUUCUCCGCUAACAGAUGGGAACUUGCGUCCGCUAUCGAAGGUUUUCUCGAGUCCGGGACGACCGUCCUAUGCGAUCGAUACGCGUUCUCCGGCAUCGCGUUCAGCGCGUCCAAAGGCCUGCCGUACGAGUGGUGCAGAGCCCCGGACGUCGGGUUGCCCGCACCGGAUCUCGUCGUGUUUCUUGAUAUCACCCCCGAGAAGGCGGGGGAGCGAGGGGGGUACGGUGAGGAGCGGUAUGAACAGCAGGAAAUGCAGCAGAGGGUGCGAGAGCAGUACACGAGGAUCGAAUCGGAACAUGUCGUUCGGUGGGCAACCAUCGACGCAGGAAGGGAAAGAGAGCAGGUCGCUGCUGAUAUCUGGACGCACGUCCAGCCACUCGUGCACAGUAUCGACGAUCAUCCCAUCGCGAAACUCUGGGUUUGAGAAAGCGUAAAUAUAUUAAUACCCAUUAUACAAAGUAUCCAGGAGUUUAGAGAAAUCUUAGGUGGGGGGAAAUAAUGACAGCAAAAUACAG